AUGUUGUUCGAGCUCCCCGGUGUGGCUGCGCCUGAGGUGAAUGUUGACAAGGAGAGUCACCGAAUGAAAAGCAUCUUUGAGUUUUUUGAUGCACCUGUGGAAACGGACGAGCUUCUCACUUCUAACAAUACUGUUGAUGAACUUUAUGCCCUCUGCGAUGAUCCUAUGCGGGAGCCCGUCAAGCUGGUGGACGAUCAGCUACACUUUACCGAUCUAGCCGGGAUACAAGAUCUUUUCGUUGAGAAUACCGGGUUUCUCGUUGUCGGCGCAGUUGGGAUGCAGGGUUCUGGAAAGUCCAGUCUGCUGAAUGUCAUGGCCAACUAUUUACCGUCUGAGACUUCAGGUUUUGAUAAACCUUUUGCUGUCCAAAGCAUCCACAAUUUUCUCACAAAUAGCCCACGCACUGGUGGAAUUGACUUGUACAUUACACAAGAUAGAGUCAUCCUACUUGAUACACAGCCACUUCUGUCGUUCGCGAUGACCAACUACCACGCUCAGUCCAACUGCUCUGCGACCAGUGGGAUGGACGUUACUCAGCUAACCGCGGACGAUCAUUCAUCUGGAUAUUCCUCGGUUGGUCCCGGAAACUGGUCACUGGAUGUUUGGGCUGAAAUCUCUUCUCUCCAGCUUGUCUCUUUCCUUCUCAACGUGUGUCACGUGGUCCUGGUUGUAAGUGAUUCUCUGAGCACUACUUCUAUUCGUCUACUUCGUCUUAUUGACCGGGCCGCCUCCCUCAAACCAACAGUUUUCCUCCCUUCUGUUCUAACGGAACCUAUGAAAGGUGUUAACGCUUUCCCUGGCAAGCAGUUUGAGUCAGUUCCGCCACUUGGUACUCAACGAUUCAAAUCCAAGAUCGUCUCAAUUCCCAAAACUGCUGCUAUUGAUGUGAAUGAAGUUGAAGAACGAUCUAGACAGGAUGAGUGUACAGAUGACAGCAGAGGAAGCCACGAUAAGGGUUACGCUAAUUACCCCCGGGAACCCAAGACAGAUGCUGAGUUAGAUUCCACCGGCGCUCGCGAUUUGCUGGAACAAGAUGGCUUACACAGCGAGGGAAACCCCGUGCAGAACCGCGCUUCUGAGAUCGAGUCUAGUGAAAUUGUUGAUGCCGUUAAUCGUCUGAAGAGUAUGUCGGACUAUUCAGCUGCUCUGCUUCACGUCUAUAAUCAGGCCCCGGCGGCGGCUUUCUUGGAUCCGGUUGUUUGCCGUCAAGUGAAUCUUUAUCGGAAUCGUAUCCUCCCUUCUAUGUUUCCUGGCUACCGCCGUCUUGCCGCACUCGUCACCGUCGGCCCACACAUUUUAACAGCUCACAAUUCUUCUCGAUCUGAGAAACUGGUACCAAUAAAGACGGUAGCUGCAGCUGAAAAAGCCGUCGAACAGUCCACUCGCCUGGGUCUUUUAAAUUCCGAGUCUGUUGGAGAGCAGCGGAACCCCUCCACUUGUCCCUACGUGUGUGGUCGUUCCGCUGAUGAGAACAUCCACGAUGGCUCGGAGGUCCUUUCCGUUGAUCCAAAAAUGUUGCAAUCUGGUGAGGACCGUUACCAACAAAGCAAGAGCAUGUUUACACCCGAGGCUCCAUCAACUCAGAAAACGGUUCCUCCGGACACCCACUCCACGGAUUAUGUGCUCCCCGAUUCAACUCUUUCUUCAGAGAAGGUGGCCCCAACUGCACGCUCAGAGUCAGCAUUUGGGACAAAAAUAGCCAGUGGAGUAUCUGAACAUUUCCAACUGAUAUGGUCUUGCAUAUUCAUCCAACUGGAUCAACGCCGCGAAUUCCAUCCAAUCCGCUUUCCACGCUUUCCAAUUGUCCGACAAUGUGCUUUCUCUCAUCUCUACCGGGGUUGGCAAUGAGAUCAUUAAUUGCUCCUCAAUGGCGAGCAAGUUUUGGCACCUUUGUACGUCUGUCACCAUGUUCUGUG